AUGCUAGCCACUGCAUGCUGUGCUGAUUCCUUAGAUGAAUCCUUCCGUAUGCCGGAAUCAACAGCCAUUGAGAAUCUUAGUCGAUUUUGCGGUACCAUUGUCACCAUUUAUCAAGAACGCUACCUUCGGGCUCCUACAACAGAGGAUCUAGAUAUGCUCCUACAAAGAGCCGAGCGACGAGGGUUUCCUGGAAUGAUAGGUUCGCUUGACUGUAUGCAUUGGCAGUGGAAGAAUUGUCCAGUGGGAUGGCAGGGUAGCUUUAGAGGCAAAUCAAAAAAGCCAACCAUUGUUCUCGAAGCUGUGGCAGGUCCCGACACCUGGAUCUGGCAUGCUUUCUUUGGAAUUCCGGGAGCUCAAAAUGACCUCACUGUUCUCGGACGCUCCCCUUUGUUUGAUGCUGUCACAGCAGGUCAGUCACCACAUCUUAACUACUAUAUGAACGGGACUCCUUAUGAGUUUGGGUACUACCUUGCUGAUGGUAUUUACCCUAAAUGGGCGACGCUGGUGCAAUCUAUUAGACAACCUGAGAAUGAACAGGAGGAGUAUUUUUCCACAAAACAGGAGGCGUACCGCAAGGAUGUUGAAAGGGCAUUUGGAAUUCUACAAGCACGAUUUGCAAUAAUUAGGCAACCUGCAAGAGGUUGGGAUAAGGAUUCAUUAUCAACAAUCAUGUUGGCUUGCAUAAUACUUCAUAACAUGAUUGUGGAGGAUGAGCGAGAUAACUACUAUAAUGAUGAGUCUGAUGAUGAUGAACCAAACCCAAAUAGGUCAAGGAGAGCUCGAGCAAGAAUAUAUGAUGGCCCAAACUUACCUCUUGAUCCAAGAACCGGGCAAAUUACAAUGGUCGAAUACAUGUCUCGUUACCGAAGGGUACGCUCUCAAAUUGGAAAUAGUAAUCUGCGAAAAGAUCUUGUCAAACAUGUUUGGUCAAGAAGAGGACAAGGAAGACAAGGCUAG